CGAUCGACAAGGUCUAUUGUCUUAGGGAAGGCGAAGGUGAUAAGCUUUGAAGACCUUGAAGAGGCACGAGCCAAGCGUGCUGAGAAACAGGAGAAAGCGUCAGCUGCUAAUGUUCCUAAGAAACGAGAGCGUAAGCCUAAGAGCUCUGCUGCAGUACAGUCGCUAGCGAUUGCAGUUUCACCCCUACUCACAGCUGCAACAUCCUUUACGCCAACCUGA